UCUGCGAUUACUCCAAUACGUCACUACAGCACAUGCGCACUGGUUGGAAACAGCGGCAUCCUCUUGAAUAGCAGCUGUGGAGACGAGAUUGACUCACACGACUUUGUUAUCAGAUUCAACCUGGGGCCCCUCCAGAACUACUCGAAGGACGUUGGACGAAACGUUAACAUGACCGUUGUUAACAGGGCGAUCGUCACGAAGCUGUUUCCCAUGUUCAGGAAAAACAAAACCUCCGAACUUCUGAAUCUCCUCCGGCCGUUCAACAACUCGGUGUUGCUGCUCGCAAAAGGUGCCGGAAAUACGAGGUUCCUGAAUGAAUGUAAAUCAAUGGAGAACCUGAUGUUAGAGCGGGGCUUGAACCUGACGAUCGCCCUGUCAACCUUUAAUGGAACCGGUACGGAUAAAAGAUUAUGGUCUGGUCUUGGCGCGAAACUCAGGUCCACUCCAACCACCGGUCUGCUCCUUCUGGGGGAGGCGAUAACGUUCUGCGAUCACGUCACACUGUUCGGUUUCUACCCGUUCAACAAGGACCGCCAGAACCACACGAUUCCCUACCACUACUGGAGAGACUUCACAUCAGUUCCCUCCAAAACACCUCACAAAUUUGUGUCUGAGUACAAGCUACUUGUAGAGUUAGACAAGGAGGGGAUUAUAACUCAUACAGUGAACUGCAAAGCCAUUUAAGGUACAGAAGAACGAGACGCCAUCCUCUCAGACGAAAUGAAAGUUUCUUUAUUCUGGACCCCUCUCAUAAGAUGGUCUUGGACAGCUGUGUGCCUCUUGGAGUAAUCUGCAAGCAGAUCGUAACAACUGUCCCCGGC